AUGCCGCGCGAUAGCAAUCGGGGACGAUUGCGUUCGCAUGAAGCCUGCCUCAAUUGCAGGAGAAAGAAGACUCGAUGCCCAGCUGAGAAGCCAGCCUGUUCAAGUUGUCUCAGACUGAACCAGUCAUGUUUAUACACCUCAGUGCCAAGGGGUUCUCGUAGUGGUCCAUCGGCCGAUCGGCUGGCAUACCUGGAGGAGAAAGUGAAUCUCAUUUUGAGUGCAGAGCCGCAAACCCAUCCCCCUACUAAUGACAUCCCCGACACCACUUAUUCCACGGCCUCCUGUCCGUCAUCUGGCGACAUGGGUAAUAAUUUCAGUGAUUCUUUCCUGCUUGGAAUGGGCUUCGACGACUCGAAAGUCAACCCAGCCUCUCGAAUAUCGCAUGCAGUAGACCUCUACUUCCAAUACUGUCAUAGACAACCAAUAUGGUGUCUGGAUCGAGAAGAACUCAAGGAUCCAAGCUAUGUAUCCGAGGAACUAGUUUGCAGUAUUCUCACACUCACGUCACGGUUCUCGCAAGAACGCGAUGAAAUGUUACAUUACGGUGAUACUGCUCGGACACUAGUCAUGCUUCGCAUUGCGAAUGGCACGGUCGAGCUCGAGACCAUCGAAAGUCUCUGUCUUCUUUCAUACUCCUCUUUCCUAGACGGAAAUGUGCCCCUUGGAAGAUUUCACCUGGGCCUUGCACUUCAACUAUGUCGCUCUGCAAUGUUAGACCUGAAUUCAACAUACGGCGUAGAAUGCCCCUCCAUUGAACGGAAGAAGAGGCUCUUUUGGAGUCUCCAAUCACUUGAACAGUGCUACGGUCAAAUACAUGGCUUUCUCAGCGUUCCAGCAGAUGUUUUGCGUUCAUUUUACACAGCCAACGGUGAUGAGCCAAAUCUUCAGAAGAACCCCGAGCCAAAGCCUCCACCCCUCCCAACUGAUGAGAUUGGCUGCUCCCUUCCAACCGACACUGGCAUUUGGAGCUUGGCACUACACUUUGGAUGGGUCUGGAGCCGAGUCAGAUCGUAUGUCUUCGACUGCGCUCAGAGCAGGCUCAAGGAACCGUGGCGGCACGAUUCAACUUAUGCGAUGGUGCUGUCCGAUUUGACGGAAAUCGAGAAUAAGCUCUCCAUGUGCCACCGAUACGACUUCGUCAAAUUCUACGAGCGUCGAGCGGAUGAGUUGAGAAUGAACAGAGAAUACUGGGCUCCCUGGCUCAAAUUACAAUUCACCUAUCAUUCCAUAUUGACCGUGAUGAACCAUCCCUUCCUUUAUAUCGUGGCUUCUCAAUACAAUCACAACCUCACGAUCCCGAAUACCUUCUGGAGGCGAUCUUCGGAGCUAGUUCUUCUUCAUGCUACUUGGGUCGUUCGUAUGAUCGACAUGGUAACUGAGAAGAAAAUGCGACUCAUCGAUCCAUUCUUUGGACAUGCAGCGGCUAUUGCAGCAACAGUACACCUCUACUACUGCUGUGCCGCUGAUCCGAGGUUAAAAUUCAAGUCAAAAACGGAUUUUGCAAAGUGCAGGCGAUUCUUGAAAAGCUUCGUCACUUUUUCUCCCGCCUGUGACUCGCUGGAUAAAACCCUUGAUAAGAUGACGCGAAUUGCAUCCGGAUCCGAGAAAGUGGACUUUGACUGGGAACCAUCUAAGAUUCAUCUAAGUAUCCCCCUAAUGUGGGAUAUUCUCCAAAUCAACUGUACACCAGAUUCACAAGACACAUCAGCCUCUGGAUUAUUACACUCCUCGCUUACCCCUGCAGUCUUUCCGCAAGAGACGGAGAAUCUAACCUCCACACUCGAAGUCAUUGUUGCAAUGUCGCCAGAGGUCAAUGUCAACACGGCCGAUGGAGGCUCAGCUGCCCACAUGCCACCAAACCUACCACGCAUGUCUUCCUUGCCAGUCUCGCCAGCAAAUUCCAACCCGGCAUUGGGAGAAAAGCUCAUGGCACCUGCAGACAGCCUUAUGGCCAACACACCUUGGUUAUGGACUGAUCCUACUCAAUUUGUUGAUAUGGAUAGCAUUGGCUACGCCGAGUCGGAAUCGGCUACGGGCAAUGGCGAUGGCUUUUCCACCUGGUGGGACUUUGGGAAUUUAUAA